AUGCAACACGGCUAUGCAACAGUGGAUGUCCUUGCAGGUCCAGUUCGCUCCUUGCACAUCGGGACAGACGUAACAAAUGUCUUUCCCCAUUCCCUGUGUUCAAAGACCUUUACCCCACUACCUGUUGCCAAAGACCUUUCCCCAAUACAAGGUGUCCUGAGACCUUUCCCCAUUCCCUGUGCUCAAAGACCUUUCUACAUUCCCUGUGCACAAAGACCUUUCCCCAUUCCCUACCUUUCCCCAUUCCCUGUUCUCAGAGACCUUUCCCCAUUCCCUGUGCUCAGAGACCUUUCCCCAUUCCCUGUCCUCAGAGACCUUUCCCCAUUCCCUGUUCUCAGAGACCUUUCCCCAUUCCCUGUCCUCAGAGACCUUUCCCCAUUCCCUGUGCUCAGAGACCUUUCCCCAUUCCCUGUCCUCAGAGACCUUUCCCCAUUCCCUGUCCUCAGAGACCUUUCCCCAUUCCCUGUGCUUAAAGACCUUUCCCCAUUCCCAGUGCACAGAGACCUUUCCCCAUUCCCUGCUCUCAAAGACCUUUCCCCAUACCCAGUGCACAGAGACCUUUCCCCAUUCCCUGUUCUCAAAGACCUUUCCCCAUUCCCUGUCCUCAGAGACCUUUCCCCACUACCCGUGUUGCGGGAUCUUCACGUGCCAUGGGGUUCGAGCGUCCUCGGGGUCACUUUGCGCUCUCCGCGUCUGCCAGAAAGCGCAUGCGUGCGUGUGAAUCCGCGCGCAUGCAGAUCCAUUCUGACGUAUUUCCACGAACGCGAAUGUAAUGCGCAGUGGAUACGAGCGUAA